AUGGACUCUCUUAAGUUGCCCACCACGGCUGCUAGAGCCAACGCUUUUAUGGGACAGGGGUCUCUCUCCUUUCCAACGUCCCAGGGGCAAGGGCAAGGGCAAGGUCACAGCCAGGAGCAGGCACAGACACAGGUUGAGGCAAAAUUUCCCGUCGACGAUGUCCAUUCCGUCGAUGCUAUGGUAAAUAAUGAUGGUAGUUUAGUCAACAACGUAAAAAUAGAAAAUCCUUCCGCUUCCACUAUAUCCAAGUUUGAAUCUUCUGCGGACUUGCAGCUGAAUGCCGAUGGCACAAUCUCUAAAAACGUUGCCAAUGAUACCUCUAAUGCUAUUUCAACUGAAGAUGGAUCAGCAUCGGGGAUUGUUCCCACGUUACAAAACAUUGUUGCAACGGUGAAUCUGGAUUGUAGGUUGGAAUUGAAGACAAUUGCCUUACACGCAAGAAAUGCCGAAUAUAAUCCAAAGCGGUUUGCGGCUGUUAUUAUGAGAAUCAGAGAGCCGAAAACAACCGCAUUGAUUUUUGCUUCCGGUAAGAUGGUUGUUACAGGUGCCAAGUCCGAAGAUGAUUCCAAAUUAGCUGCUAGAAAGUAUGCCAGAAUUAUUCAAAAAUUGGGCUUUAAUGCCAAAUUCACUGACUUCAAGAUUCAAAAUAUUGUUGGUUCAUGUGAUGUUAAAUUUCCUAUUCGAUUAGAAGGUUUAGCAUAUGCGCAUGGUACUUUCUCGUCAUAUGAACCGGAAUUAUUUCCAGGUUUGAUUUAUAGAAUGGUUAAGCCGAAAAUCGUCCUUUUGAUUUUCGUGUCAGGUAAGAUUGUUCUUACUGGUGCCAAGCAAAGAGAAGAAAUUUACAAAGCAUUUGAAGCAAUCUAUCCUGUUUUGAGUGAAUUCAGAAAGAAUUGA